AUGGAUACGAUUAGGAGAAAACAAGCAACGGAAUGGAUUCCUAAAAAUUAUAUUGAACUCCCUCGCCCCGUUGAAAUGACUUGUUAUUCUUUACAUCAUAAACAUGUCGGCCACAUUCCCAAUUAUGCAGGUCAUAUUCCAGGUGUGGUCAAACUUUUGGAAAUGAUACCAUAG